AUGAGUAUAGAUGAAGGCCAUAUUGGUCAUGGCGCAUCACUGGAAAAGAAGAACUCGGAUGUGUACCGUGAGAAUCGGCCUCUGAUGGUGACGGAAGAGGAAGCAUUCGCACGAGCAAGAAAUAGCCCAGAUGAGGCAUUGCCACUGUGUAUCACUUUUUCGCAUAACGAUCGGGAAAACCCACGAUGCUGGCCAAAAUGGCGGAAAUGGUACAUCACUAUCUUCGUGAGUAUGCUCAAUGUCAUCACAACGUGGUGCGCAGGUAGCAUAUCGUCUGGUGCGACCGCUAUCCAGUCGGAAUUUGGGGUAUCCGAGGAGGUUACUACGUUAUGCCUAUCGCUAUAUGUUCUUGGUUACGCUGUCGGUCCUGUCCUACUCGCCCCCCUAUCCGAAUACUUCGGCCGUCAGCCUGUGUAUGUCGUGUCGUGGUUUCUCCUAUUUAUCUUUCAACUUCCGAUCGCCCUCGCACCGAAUAUUGGUACUAUCAUCGUUUGCCGAUUUAUCGCCGGCUUUGCAGGUGGUGCGCCACUGACCAACACUGGCGGAUCAAUCAGUGAUCUAUGGGAGAGGAACCAUAGUGGUGGCCCAAUGGCUAUCUACGGUCUGAGCAGUACCUUUGGACCGCCCAUGGCACUCGUCGUCAGCGGGUAUAUGGCCCUCGAUCUCGGCUGGCGGUGGAUCUUCUGGAUCAUGAUGGCCAUUUCCGGCGGAUGGUGGGUUCUACUUGUUCUCACAAUACCCGAAACGCGCCACACGAUCAUUCUGCAGCGCAAGGCCAAGAGGGUACGGGCGUUGAUGAGAAAAGAGAACUUAAAAUCCGCCGAGACAGUCACCGAUGCCAGUGCGAGCGGGCGAAAGGGGCUGGACGAGCUGUUUAAGAUUACCCUCACUCGUCCAUUCCGCUUCCUAUUUACCGAGCCUAUUACAACGUUUUCUGCGAUUUACAAUGGCUUCCUCUACGGUCUGGUCUAUCUCUUCAAUGAAUCCUUCCCACUGGUUUUCGGCCCCGGAAAGGGCCACGGCUUCAACGUCGGCCAGCAAGGCCUUAGCUUCCUCGGCAUGGCUAUCGGCCCGAUCAUCGCGUUCUGCUUUUAUCCCCUGCAAGAACGAUAUUAUCUGCGUCGAGUCAAGGAGCACGACGGCAAGGGUGUCCCAGAAGCACGCAUGUGGAUGGCCCGGCUUGGUGCGAUAUUUAUCCCGAUCAGUUUGUUUUGGUUUGGCUGGACCAGCUACCGCUCCGUCCACUGGAUCGUGCCCAUCAUUGCCUCAGCUUUCUUCGGUGCUGGUAUCUACAUCGUCAUAUUAAGUAUCCUUAACUAUGUCGUGGACAGCUAUCAGACCUAUUCCGCCUCGGCUCUGGCGGGCGUGAUCCUCGUUAGGAAUUUAGUUGGCGCUGGGUUUCCUUUGUUCGCGACGCAGAUGUAUGAACGCUUGGGCUAUGAGUGGGCUUCCAGCUUGCUGGGCUUUUUGGCUAUUCUAUUGGUGCCUAUUCCUUUUAUCUUCUUCUACAUGGGGCGGGCUAUUCGGUUGAGGAGUCCAAAGCAAUCUAUAUCAGAAGCGCAUUUGAUUUCUUUAAUAUUAACUAUUGUAAGUAACAGCGAAAAUCCACAAAGUCAGCAUCUACAACAUACUCAGAACCCCCAAGAGCUGAGUCCCGCAGCACUCACAUCAACUACACAACCCGGGUUCACCAAAACGGUCUUCUGCUCCCUUGGCAUCGCCAUUUUAUCUUCAUCUGGGAAACAACUCUACGUAAUGAAUGCGGAUAUACAGGCAGGCUACCGUGAGUGA